UGGAAGCCAGCCUAAAAGAGCACCAAAUCUCGAAGGAAGUUGUUCAAAUAAAGGAUAAAAUAUUUUGAAAUACUUAUCAAAACUGAUGGCAAGCAUACAUUUAGAAAUUCAAAAAGGUUUGACUGGUGAUGUUGGAGAAAGACCACUCACAACUCUAAUUACUUUCUGAAGAAGAUGAACAAAAUUCAUAUUGAACUCGCUAAUUACUUAACUUGUAUUCAAAAAGAAAAUGAGUAUUGCUUUAGAAAGGUUAUUAACACUUCUUUCAUCAGAAAGAUAGCUAACUUUCAAAUAAAGCUGAGUAACAACAAAGCUUUAAAGUAUAAUUGAUAUCACAAACAAGUUAUGAGAUUCCUCCCAAAAGUCACUAAUAAGGUUAUUCUUUCAAAUUGAAACAUCACAAAGAACCAGUUUCGUAAGAUAAUUCAAGUUGGAAGACAUAUUAAAGAAGUCAAAUUUCUUUGAUGUAGCCUUGUCCUUGAUGGUCUUGUAUUAGACACCAAUCUUGAUUAUUCAAUAAGGCUACUAUCUUUCACACAGCUAGACCAGAAAAAUCCACAAGCUUCUGAAGAGUUCCUCGAAAGCCUGAAAACCUUUGCAAGGGCAGCUUCACAAACAAGCUUAAAGACCUCUCUAAAACUACUAUGCAUCCAAGACCCAAUGACCAGUAAAAUCACCCACAAAUACUUCAAAAACCUAAAUUUCUCCCUUAUAAACCUCCAAUCUCCCCCUCCAUAA